UUAAUUUAUCUUUUGUCAACAUACAAUGUCUUUAACAAGAAGUAUUCGAUGUAUGGAAGUUAAAAAACAAAAUAAUGUAUCAGACGUAUUUCAGAUUAAUAAAUUGGAGAAAUACGUAGAGGACAAGAGAAGACACCCACCACGCCUCCUAUAUAAUGAGAGCCCAAGCUCGUGAGGUAAGUAUACCGGUGAGGCUGAGAGUAAAUCACUUACCAAACAAAAAAAAAAAUUGAGUGCAAUAGCUAAGAAUUUGGUCUUUGUGUUUUUUUCUCCAGAAUUUUAUUUUCAAGCAAAUUUCCCCUUCUUCUGAUCUGUUUUUUUUCCUCCCCCAUUUCUUCGAUCCAUACCUGUUUUUUUUCAAAAAAAAAAGAAGUUGUAUUUGAAUGGUUUGAUCAAUUAUUUACACAAAAAACAAACUUUCGAAAUUUCUUAAAUCUCAGAACAGAAAGAUCAAUCUUUUUUUUUUUGAUUAUUGAUCUUCUUGCUUUUGUUUUACAUAGUUUCCCAGGGUAUUUUUUAUUUCCCUUCUUUAGGAUCUGCAAAGAGGUUGUUUAUUUCAAAUCUCUUCGAUCUAUAUAUCAUUUUCGAAUUUAAUUUUUCUUUAUAUAAAUUUUUUUUUAUAUGGCAACUACAAUGGAUUACUACAGUAACCAAACGUUUCAAAAACAAUCAGAUCCUUUCGGUGGCGAAUUAAUGGAAGCGCUUUUACCUUUUAUCAAAAGCCCAUCCACCGAUUCACCCGCGUCAGCGUUUGCGUUUGCGUCUUACCCUGACAUCUACUCAACCCAACCAAUCCCAUACGUGUCUCAGACACAACACUCUUUCUCAAACCUCCUCACUCCUAAACCGGUUCCAAUGAAGCAAACCGGUUCUCCACCUAAACCGAUGAAACUCUACAGAGGAGUUAGACAACGUCACUGGGGAAAAUGGGUCGCCGAGAUCCGUCUACCGAGAAACCGAACCCGCCUCUGGCUCGGAACCUUCGACACGGCGGAGGAAGCAGCCUUGGCCUACGACAAGGCGGCGUAUAAGCUCCGCGGCGACUUCGCGCGGCUUAACUUCCCGAAUCUCCGAGGAGAGUUCGGGGAGUAUCAGCCGCUUCAGUCCCCCGUCGACGAUAAGCUCGAAGCUAUCUGCAAGAACUUGGCCGAGACGCAGAAGUCGUCGUCGUCGGCGAAGAAGAAGAAGUCGUCUUCUCGGAGACAUUCAUCCGCCGCCGCCGCCGUGAAAGAGCCGGAGGAAGUGAAAACAGAGGAUUACUACUCUAACGUAGUAUCUCCGGAGAGCUAUGGAUCGGGAGAGUCUUCGUCGUCGCCGUUGUCGGAUUUGACGUUCGGUGAUAGGGAGGAGGAGGAGGAGGGGCGGUGGAACGUGAACUUUGCGUUGGAGAAGUACCCGUCGUACGAGAUUGAUUGGGAUUCGAUUCUGUCGGCUUAGUUGGUUUGUAAAUUAGUGGAGGUUAUAGGGGUAUUUUAGGGAACUAGAGGUUUCUGCAAUGGAGUUUUUGGUCAUUGCAUUGAGACCAUAGUAAGUAGGUGUGGGGGUCUUUUAUUAGUAUUAAGUGGAUGUAAAUUACUGUUAGUCUCUGCGUCGGUGGAAGCUGGAUUUUUUUUGUCAUGCUUCACACCCUGCGAGAUUUUUCUUUAUGUACUUUGUAGUUUUACCCUUGUCUUAAUUCCAAGUGUGUUUUUUUAAACUAAAUCAACUUAGUGUUUUAAUAAUUGGUUUAAGCAAUCGGUUUAUUAUACAAUUUUAAAAUC